AGUCACCAGUGCGCAACGCCAGGGGGAACAAGUGUCUCGCGCUUUCGAGCGCUACUUUUAUUUUUGUGUUAAUUUUUUUUUGUGUAUGUCCAGCCAUAAAAAAGGAAUCAGUUUUAGAACGCUCUAUGUACAUCUAUUGAAUUUUCAUUGAUAUAGAGACGUCAUACAAUCGUUUGGCUGGCCACUUUGGUUCCUGUGUGUUGAGUAAUAUUCUGUGCCAGUUGAAGUGUUUGUGCUUGUGAUAGAAACGGACGAUUUCAUCGCGAACGUGUUCCAAUUUGGGAUUUCACCACGAGCGGGCUCAAGGAAGUUUAUAGUCAAGUGGACAGCGGCGGCGGUGGCUUGGCCGAAGUAAUGGUGUACUCCCUCGGCUGGGGUAUGGGCGAGCCGGAGCGGCGUGGCGCGGACCGUAAACGCGCGCAGCCGCCCCCGGCACCACACUCGCCGCUGUCACCAGACGACGGUCACGAGGUCGACGUUCUGCCGUUACACGAUCAGGUUGGCGGCCACACAAGGCUGCUUGUACUCAAUGACAGUACGGUCAUCAAGCCGCUCAACAUACGAGAGUUGCAUUUUUACCAGAACAUUCCUGAGGAUAUCCAAAGCUUCGUGCCCCGAUAUAAAGGCGUGAUGCAGGCAUCUAACACGGGAAGCACGAAAUUGGACAAGAGAUACUCGCCAUGUUUCCGCGAGGAGAACGGGCGAAAGCAGUCGCUCACCGGCAAGCGCAGGCGCGACGACGUGUUCAAAUUUAAAGUUCACCGUAAUGGCAAUGCUAGUGAAGUUCUUAAGAGCAUUGCACACAUGGACAAUUCGAAUAAGCAGUAUUUCCUAAUGAUGGAGAACAUAACGUCGUCGUACCGGCGGCCGUGCGUUCUCGACUUGAAGAUGGGCACGCGGCAACACGGCGACGACGCGACUGCGGAGAAACGCAGCAAACAAAUGGCCAAGUGCGCCGCCAGUACGUCCGGCUCGCUAGGAGUACGCCUCUGCGGUAUGCAGAGGUACGUACCAGAGACGGGUGCGUGUAUACGUCGCGACAAGUAUUGGGGGCGUGCCUUGUCAGAGGCGGGGCUUCGUGAAGCGUUGCGGGAUUUCUUCGCGGCCGGCGGCUCACUUCGCACAAGGGUAGUACAAGGCGUACUGAGAGACUUGGACGCGAUACGACGUGCCAUCGCUAAGCAGACCAACUACAGGUUUUAUUCAUGCUCGCUGCUGAUAGUGUACGAGGGCGACGUUCAACAUCCAGUACGUACGGAAGCCGUGAGUCUCGUUGCCGAUUACGAUGCGGAUGCGUCCAGCAGUUCCACUGACCUUCCAUCGCCCGGCAACUUCGACAUGUCCACGCUGCACGACGAGAUCUCCACCGACCGCGAACCGUUCCGGCCCCACUCCGAGGAGACUAUGGGAGGGUACGAGGAUGGCGAGAUCGCCGGCCAUUCGCCUCGUCGCCAUCCACCGAGCCCGGACUCUACGGACAGCUGGAUGGCGUACUCGUCCACCUCUAGUGAGUCGUGGCGGGGCGAAGCGGACGCGGAGGUGGAGCCGAGAACGGGUAUCGCCGCGAAGGAGGGAAAGAGAGCGCGCACUCGGGCCCCGCCCACCGUUUCCGACGACCGCGUCGACAUCCGCAUGAUCGACUUCGCGCAUACCGCGUACGCAGGCGCCGCUGCGGAGUCGCCUCUCGCGACGGCCACGCCCCACGAUGGCCCCGACUGCGGAUUCCUCACCGGUAUCGAUAGUCUAAAACGGCUCCUCACGGAGAUCCUCUCGCCGCCCUACAGUUAAUGAAACCGAAGCUGUAGAAAAAUAACAAAAAAAAUUCGGACCUCCCUUCGGAUUUCCGUGCCGCCGCGCUGCCCGGCCGCGUACGGUGGCGUCGGAAGUACUCGUGGACCGACGGAUCGACGUCGGAUCGCACGGAUCGAAAUCGUUCCAGGAAAUUUAAUACUGUUCGACUGAUGUAUGUAAUAUUAAACGGUAAAUAGGAAAUUUAUCGACGCGUCGUCGUGUAAAUAUAUGGAUAGACGAACAGAGAGAGAUGACGCAGGGUAUUUUUUAUUGAUCUUUUUUUCUUGAGUUCGUGCUAGGCCGCCCGCCGUUUUCGCCCUAAAGUUUGUUUUCUCUGUUUGUGUAACUGUACGGCGACGAUCGCACUUAGUGAAUGUUGGCGGUACAAACUACAUUAAUUUAUAUAUAUAAAAAAAAACAUUAUUAUUUAACUUGGGACCCAGUAGGUAUUUUUAAAUAUUGUAUUUUUAAGUGUUACUAUUAAGUUAUUUCAGAUUGUCGUAUUUUGUUUUGUUCGGUUCGUUUUUCAAUUUUCCUUUUCUUGAUUUCUGAAUAAAUCAUUAAUGCACAAUCGUUCACAAAAAUUGAGUAGACAUUCCUUGUCACUUAUGUAUUUUCGGAAUUGUAUUAAUUUCUAUUGUAUAGUAUUGCUAUAUUGAAUGAGAAGCUUUGUUUUGCAUUUAGAUUCCAUGUUUUUUUACCGUCAAAUUAAAUAUACUAAUUGAUCCCAGUCAAAUAAGCCAAAGUAAUUUGUUGUAGUUGUGAACUGUAUAAUAUUUAGUAAUGCUAAAAUAGACAAGAACAUUUGUAAUUAUCAUAUUUAACUGACAUCCAAACUGAUGUUUGUGAUUAAUAAUUUGGACUGUAUAUUUAUAAUAGAUGUUAAUUGCUUUACUCCAUAUCCAUUUAUAUAAAAACUUGUGUUGGAGCACAUGUUUGACAUGAGGAGUUUAUUAUAAUUUUGCAAGCAGUGUUUUGGAUUGGAAAUUAUUAGCGAGAAUGUAGAAUGUUGAGAAUUUGUAUAAUGUUGCCAGUAUGAUGAGUCAUCUUCUAUCCUGCUCUAUGAGUUAGGGUGGACGUGUGGUUCUGAUGUGGUUGGAUCCGCAUUUGGUUAUAAAAAUGCGGUGGCCUACAGUUUAGCCAACAUUCCUUCGUGCUGCAUUCGUCAUUGUCUUUAUUAUAAUUUUUAUUAGAGUGAUAAAUUUUAUGAAAAGUACCUGGUUUAAUUAGGAUGCUAGGUUGUAUUAAAAUUAUCAUUUACGUCUGUUAUUUUAAAUAACUGUAUGACACUAUUUUGUUAAAUAAAUUUUAGGUAUUG